AUGGAGCAUUCUCGUGACUGCUUUGCUUCAAACUGGCAGCUGUUGAAGCGAAAUCCGGAGCUUCGCAAGGUGUUGCUGGCAUAUGGGCUGCAACGGGCAACUGCCAGCUUGCCAGAUACCUUCGUGCUUUCCGUCUUGCGCACGAAGUAUUGGGGUUACAACAUGGCUGCCUAUGCUUCCAUCAUGGCCAUCGGCAUUAAUUGCGUGGCCAUUCUGCUUGGAGGGCCUUUCGGAAAGAUCAGCGACCGCCUGGACAGGCGACUCGCCGCAGGAGUGGUGGCUGUUGCAAGCUUUGCUCCUGGCUGGGUCUUGUUGGUUUUCGGCUUCACUGCGCGAGGCUUGUGGAUCAGCACCGUGGUUAAGGUCAUCUGCGCUUUCGGAAACACGAGCAAUGUGAUGUUCGCGCUGGUGAGCGACGCGACUGCUGUGGAAGAUCAAGACGAGGCUUUUGGUUUGGCCUAUGCAUCCGCGCAUUUAAUCGGCCUUCUUAUGAAUGGACUUCCGGUUUUGUUGGUGUUCACCCUCAAGGCACUUCCCAAUAAUCCGGUCUUCUUCCUUGCCCUGCAAUGGUUGAUGAGCAUUCUGUGUCUGUCUGUGCUGUCCUCGCUUCGACUUGGUCAAAAAGGGCAGGAGACAGAGAAGAUCCAGGAGGCAGACAGCCAGAUUCUGACCACAGGAGAAGCUGUGAAUCGCGAUCAAGAAGUGGAGUUUGAUGCAGGACAGAGCAACUCUCGAAGUUGCAAUCCGCUUUGCAUGCUCAUGAAGCAGCUCUUAUCCCCGAUCCUCUUGGCCGCGAGAAGCCCGCGGCUUCGCCGGAUCAUCAUAGCGACUUUUCUUGUCCGCCUGUCCGGCUCCAUGACCUUCGAUAUUGGUGGCCAGUUCUUCAACCAAUCGCUGGAUUUGAUCCAGCAUGGCACUGAUCUGGAUAUCGUGAUGGUCUCUGUGCUCGAGCAAAUCCCUGGGCAGCUUCUGUCAAUACCUUUGAGCGUAAUCACCGGGCAUUUGGCGAAGUCCUGCGGACCGUUGUCUUUGAUCCGAUGGAUGAUCCCGAUGUGCUGUGUGCUGAUGAGCGCUGGGGCGCUGAUGGCUGUCGUGAGACACAUGUGGUUUAUUGCCGUGGUUACGGUGUGCCUGAACUGUGCCGGAAUGAUCCAUGUGCCGCUAAUGCGGCUGGCCUCCGGGCUCGCACCCCCUGGCCGUGUAGGCGAAUCGCUGAGCGCCGUGGGGGUUGCCGUAGAGGUCGCCAGCCUGCUUGCCAACGGCCUCGUUGUCGGCUGCAACAGUGUCUUGAUCAACUCUGGACUCUUCGAUCCCUUGUGGAUUUACUAUCCGAUCGGUGGCCUCAUCUCGUUGUGCGCCCUCGUCCCACUGGCUGGGACUCCUCCGGGAGGUUGGGGUACAGAGAGUGGCGAACCCAUGGGGCAGCUCCUAGCCAUCGUUUACGCACACAGGGCGCAGGCCAAGUGGAGACGUCGGAUUGAAUAUGGCGUAGCCCAAGUGUAA